CGAAGGAUGCCAUGGUUGUAGCAGUGACAUUGAGGAGUGGAAAGGCCUUGGAAGACCCUAGCAGCUCGAAAAAGGCACCAGAGGCAGAAGAGGAAGCACCGGGAGAAAGAUCUUGUGCAGAAAAUGAAGAAUCAGCCUUGCACAGGCAAAAUGAAAGCAGUUUGCCUGUGCAAAAGCAUGUUGCCCGUGUACCUCAAAAAGUGGAAUAAUUGAAGAAUGAAGAGGUAAAGCCUUAUGAACCUCCCGCACCAUUCCCUCAAAGGUUAAUGAAGCCCAUGGAAGACCCAAACUUCAAGAAAUUUGUGAAUAUCUUCAAGCAACUUCAGAUUAACAUACCCUUGGCGGAGGCACUUGAACAGAUGCCUACAUAUGCUAAAUUCUUAAGGGAGUUGCUGACAAAGAAGCGGAAAUGGGCUGAUCUGGAGAAGGUAACCCUUACUUCUGAAUGUAGUGAUGUGAUUCAGAAUAAAUUACCAGAAAAGAGGGAUGAUCCGGGCAGCUUCACCAUUCCAUGUGUCAUUGGAGGUACAGAAUUCAAUAAAUCACUUUGUGAUCUUGGAGCAGGAAUUAAUUUGAUGCCAUACUCAGUCUACAAGAAAUUGGGAUUGGGAGAUGUUCUAAAGCCUACUCGGAUCACUCUCCAAUUGGCUGAUCGAUCAGUGAAAAUUCCAAAAGGAGUGGUGGAGAAUGUAUUGGUGAAGGUGGGAAAGUUUAUUCUCCCAACAGAUUUUGUAAUCCUGGAGAUGGAAGAUGAUCGGGGAGUGCCUCUAAUCCUCGGCAGACCUUUUCUAGCAACCGGUGAUGCACUCAUCGAUGUUGGGAGAGGCAAGUUGACAUUCCGAGUAGGUAAGGAGGAGGAAAUUUUUAAUGUCUUUCAAGUUGACCAUAAUCAUGAUGAAUUUGAAAGUGAAGCUCGAGAAAGGAAAAAUCCCUCUUCCUGUGAUAGUGGACCAUCCGAAGAACUAUCACCUAUCAUAUCUGCUCAGAUUCUGAAAUCAAAGCAAGGGCAGAAAUCCUUGCCAGGUCACCUCAAGUAUAGAUAUUUGGGUAAGGAUUUCAAUAUUCCUGUUAUUAUUCCUUCUUCACUGACAUUGAAACAGGAAGAGUACUUGCUCGAGGCGCUGCAAUACCACCUACGCCUCACUAAAGGGUCCAACAUGUCAGCUAAGAAGGUCAUACCCAAUUUUUGCACACCUGGCCCUGCAGAGGUGACUCAUAUGCUGGAUGGAGGUUAUGCGUUCUAUCAUUGCUCGGGAGGGUAUGCUGGAUACCUUUCCAUACCCAUUGGUUGAAAGCUCCAUGAACGUCAGGCUGAGGACGUUAAACAAGCGCUUCUUGGGAGGCAACCCAAGGUAAGUUUUCUUUUCUUUAUUUUUCUUUUUAGUUGUGUCAAACCCGUGCAUGUUUAGAGUAGGAGUUGAACAUUAGGGACAAUGUUCCAUCCUGAGUGUGGGGUGGCGAGUCUUAGUGUUGUUUGUCCCUGUUGCAUGUGGUAAAAAAAAAAUUCCAAAAAUCCAAAAAAAAAAAAUCAAAUUUUUUUUGUUCCUUUUGUCAUGUGGUCGGUAAAAAAAAAACAAAAAAAAAAUUGCCAUUAGGUUGAGCACAGCCAAACUGCAUGCAGUUUGCCUGUGUAAAAAGCAGUCUGCCUGUGCAAAGCUAAUGGCUUAAAAACACCUAAAAAUCAGAAAAAUUAAAAACAAAACCUUGUACUCUUGUGGUAAUAUGAUGUAAAUUACUGUGAUGCGUGUGAAAUGAGUUUGUGCUUGAAUGAAAUCAUCAAAAUCACCCCACUAGGGUUGAAUUGGAUAGUUAUUCACAAUGAGCUUGAAUGUUUUGACUGACUUGAUAUGCUUUGAAUGAGCAAACUCUUUUAGCAACAUUCUCUUUUGUGAGGAUAGUGUAAUGACUUUUGGUGAAGUAGUUAGGUGGAGAACAUUGACCAUUCGACAUGUUUGGAUACCGUGCUUACUUGCAUCAAUUGUGAGCUUUUGAUUUUGCAAUGAGUCUCUCUGUUUUGAAUGUUUUAUGAUGGGGUGAACUGUAUCUUUAUAAAAAGAAAACACUACCUGACAAGUAAAAUAUAAGAAAGUUGUCAUAACAAUUAAAGCGUGGGUAAAAAUGCCAAAAUCGUGUGAGGCAAUCACUCAUUGCACAUGAGGAUGAGGAAAGAUUCAAUUGAGAAUCGGUUCGCGACCGUACGAUGUUGCUUAUCAAGUACGAUCCCCAGUUGAGUGAAGUGCCAUUAGAGGAUGUGCAAUGACCCUCCACACGGACCGAGGAAAAGGAGUUAAAAGAAGCCCUUAUGCGAGUGCUAAGAAGCAGAAAUUGCUCUUGCUCGGUCACCGGUAGUAAGAAACAAAUCCCACUUGUACUAAAUACGACCUCUCGGCAAGCAAAAGCAGAAAGAGAGAAAGUCUCUCCUUGUCAUAAAAGGUAGUGAUGUGCUUAAAAUUAAAAUCUUGUUUGCGAAAGGCUUCCCCCAUUAGUUUUUGAGACUCAUGCUUUGUUAAUUGCUUAUGAUUGGUGUGAGUAAGCCAGAUUGUCCUCACGAGAUAUGCACCUCACUGAUGUGGUUAGAUUCUCCUAAUAACUGUUGCACCAUAAGUUGUUAACCACCCGCUACCGAUGAUCGAAUUUGAGUGUUGCUAUUUGAGUUUUUGGUGGGUUUCAGUCAAUGGUAAUGGUUGCAAAGAACUUGAGUGUGGGGUGAAAGGUAUGACCAUUAGAGCACAACUUGUCUGUUGAGAAAGAAACUACUGAUUACAACAAGAGUACAAGGAAAUUUUGUGUUUUGCUUUGAGCCAUGAGUCUGUAAUGUGUCAUUGUUUUGGAUGGUUAUUUGUUUGUGUCUUUUGAGUCGUUGCUUAGGGACAAGCAACAAUUGAGUGUGGGGUUGUGAUAAUCGGCUUUGACAUAUUGAAUUUUUGGACUUUAUAUGAUUAUUCAUGGUAUGUUUUAGCCGAUUGGUGCUAUUUUAGGGCUCGCUAACCCGAGAAUGGUUGAAAAACCAUUACUGCCUAGUGCCAUGAGUUUGAUGUGUUACAGGUGGAGAAAGCACGAAAAAGAAGCGAGUGCACGAACAAUUGAUUGGGCCCAAAUCACCCCACCUCGGGAAGAAUUAAUUUGGGCCGGGGACUUUGGAAAAGGCAGGUGGCGGACAUAAUCUCUUGGGCCAGCAAAUUGCAUAGCUGGCGGUGGACAAGGCUAAGAGGAUGGAGGAGGACGAAAUUGCUGGGGGAGGGGGGGGGGAGAUUUCUUUUGGGAAAAGAAAGCAAAAGGCGGCUGAGAUUUAUUAUUGAGAGAGGGCGGAAUUCCAUAGCCAGAGGGGAAAAAGACAGCAGCGCGCAGCAGCUGAGGGAAAAGAGGGAAUUAUUUUUCUCUGGGCGAUUUUUCUUGGAGAGAAAGAAAGCGAAGGGCAGCAGGUAAUUAUUGUUGGGGGAACGAAAUUCUCUUGGAAAAUAAAGAAAGAGGCGAGAAUUCUUUGGGAGAGAAGAAAAAGCAGACGUAGCGCAGCGAGGGUUUUUGGGGGACGAGGGAAUUAGUGAGAAAAGCAGCGCAGCGAAGCAUCGGGCGAUUGAGCAAUUGACGAUCAGUUUUUCCAAGGUUUGAGAUGAAUUCAACGAGAGCGAUUAGUUGGUUGGAUUUUCUAAACCGAAUUAGUUGUUAUUUGUUGAUUUAGAACAUGAUGAACAAUACCCUAUCGAUUUAUCUCAAUUUCAUCAUGAACUAAACCCCAAUUUCUGGGGGAAACACCAUAGGAUGUAGCUAUUUCUUGAUUUGAUGGAUUGAUUUAUGAUUCUUUUCUUCCAAUCUCUAUUGCAUGGAAUUGCUUAAUGCUUUGUGUUGACUGGCCACCAAUACAACGAUUUGUAGUUAAUUAGGUUAUUAGCGACAGUGAAAUCCUAUUAACUGAACAUAUUUCAUGUGACAUAGUAACUUAUCGAAGCGACAGUGGAUUAAAUAAGGUGCUAUGCGGUCUUAAAUAGGAUAUCGAUCUUCAGGCUAAAUAAUUAGGUCAUUGAGCUACGACAGUAGGAUUUGAUUUAAUUGUUUAGUACGUAGUAAUUCCCGACAGGGAUAGCUAGCACAUUCGUGAUAUCCUGGCUGUAGAGAUAUGGAUUAAAUUGAUUGGAAUAUGUGAAUUAAUCUGGAUAGGAUAGGUAGUGAAUCCCGGUGUUUCUCCCAGAGCUUCUCCCAUUGAAUUUCUCCCGACAAGUUUACUUUGCUUAAUUAGUUUAAUUAUUUUGCUUUUAGAAAUUAGUUUAUAUCUCAAACCAUUUUCACUUAUAGUUUGCUCAUAAAUUUGAUAGAAUAUAAGGUUGUACCAGUCCCUGAGAGACGAUACCCGGACUUUCCGGUUUACUACGAGAUAGGAAUUGAAGCUAUACGCUUUUGCCCUAUCAGGGUGCGGGCAGGAGGUUCACUACGACGAGCAAUGCCCCUAAGCCUGUUUCUGAAUCCAAAUUGAAGUCGGAAAUGCCAAAGGGUAUGACUCAGAAUUAUUAAUACCAAUGAAUUGGACAUAUAAGG